UUUACUUUCCCUCCAACAUCUAUCUCACAUCUAACGAAUAUCACGAAAUAUAUCACAGCCAAGGAUGGAUAGCAGGCCUCCUCCUCCAGGCCCUCCGCCGAGAUACAGAAGAUUCUAUCGCGGUAACUUACGACCCGUUGUACUAUCUGUUGCGUUCGUAGCAGCACUUUGGAGCCUUUUCUCAGGCAUUGGCUACCUGCGAAACGCAAAUGUCUUCUCAGGCCAAAACUCUAGCCUAGAAAUUGCGACAAUAGUUUUUGGUUCAGUUUAUCUACUUAUCGCUGCAAUUGAGGCAUUUGGUGUGUUCGCUGCUGCAUCUCAACGUCUUGUUCCAGUUCGGAUUUUUGCCUUCGGCUCUGCGCUAGUCGCCAUCCUCGUCAUAGGGUUAGGCCUCAGCCAGGUCGUUAUCCAUUUUACCAUGAAGACCGCUAUCAUAAAUGUCUGCACCACCGCAAACGAAGGAGACACUUUUGUCUACACGGGAUUCUGGGGUCCAGUAUAUAGCGACACUCUCUCCACGGCUGAUGCGCGGAGCUGGUGUACCGACUCAUGGAAUCACGGCUCCUGGUCAAACAUCAUCUCUUUCCUAGCAACAUCAGUCCUUGCGGUCCUGUUCACCGGCGUUGCAUUCGCUUACCACCGGCAGCUCCUCGACCCUACAAGCCCCGCCAACGCAUCCCGUGCACCCUCAAGUCAAGUCCGCAUGGGUGCCUUCCCCUCUCACUAUAAUCCGCCAUAUAAUGCCGCCGUUGCCCCUACGUUACCGUACACCACCUACCCACAGUACCCAGCCCCCGCUGGCCCACCUCCUGGCCACGAGGAGGAUGAUGAUGCUUUCGUGCCGCCGUAUGAUGGGAAGCCACCCCGGUACAGUGGAGGGAAGUGGGAUUAUCCAGCGAAGGAUCUUAAAGAUCCUUUUGCUGAUGGUGACGAUGCGGUUGAGAGGGAUGUUACUAGUCGACCAGCGCCUGGGGGGAGGGAGACUUUUGGUUGAUUGGGUGGAUUGUCCAUGCUUUUUCUUUGGAUCUUUCUCGUUGAGCGUUCGUGCUAUGUAUCUCAUCUCAUCUCCGGACUUGUAUUGCUUUGCUUUGAAAGGCGUUUGGUUGCCACAGGAUUCGGAUGAUAAUGUGUAUUCUCUUAUCCUUGAUGUACAACAGCAGUGCUAUGGAAUU